GUUGCAGCACUUCCUCCGCCGGCAGCUCCCGCUUUCAACACUUUUGUUUUAAUGAUCCUCGCGGUCCAGCUGAUCUCUUAGUGCAGUCUCUGACUUCAACUUAUCCUCCGGAAGUCUUUGUUUGACAGCCAGCACACCCACCCAGCACUCUCCUCCUUUCUGCCAUACCAGCUUGUAUCUUCUCUGUUUCUCUCUCUCUCUCACUCUCUCUCUUUCUCUCUCGCUCUCAUUUGCAUGUCUUCCGCUUCCUCAUCACAAGAAACGGUUCUUGUCACAGAGCUGAGAGAAGAUGAGAUUGGAGAGGAACGUGAAGCAAGCGGUUGCAGUCAGAAUGAGGCUGUGUAAAGGGCUCUGUCACCAGUCAGGGUGGUAAUUAGAGACCCGAAGCUGGUACAUCACGACAGCUGCAGUGUUGCCAUGGAGACCGGAAAGCCAACACUAUCGAGUGUUCCGGUGCACACUGGCUCCGUCAGAGCACAGGCAGAGAAAAGGAUGGACAUCCAGGCACCACUAACGGCUGUUUACAUCCAGACAGUUCCUGCCGUGCCGAUGCAGCCGUACCUUCAACCUUCUGCAGACGCGCGAGAGACAAAUGCACUCCAUCUGGCCAUGCCACCGCUCUACUCCAAGGAGACGCUUCCCUUCCUGACACUGCAUCUCGCCGGUGGACUGCAGCCUCAAAUGGGACUGAGCGCAGCUGCUGCUGCUGCUGCUGCAGCUCCAGCUCCAGCUCCGACUCCUGCAGCCAAACCCAAGUCUGCGGGCAAACAUGUGUGUCCUCACUGCGGACGUGACUGCAUGAAGCCCAGUGUCCUGGAGAAGCACCUCCGCUGCCACACCGGGGAGCGACCUUACCCCUGCACCACCUGUGGAGUGUCUUUCAAGACUCAGAGCAACCUCUACAAACACAGACGAACUCAGGCACAUGCCCGACAAUCAUCCGAGUCAGAGCAGACCAACCUGGGCAGCCUGGACAGCAUGUCCAGCUCUAGAGAGACUUGUUCCUCCAGUUUGUCUCUUGAUGAGCAAUGCGAAGAUUUGGGCAGCGAGGAGAAGCAUACUACGCUAAGUGCUGCUGAGAGCCCGACUCCUGCUGUUCAGACUCAAAGUUCUGAACAGAGAGAGACAAGCCCAACGGUUUCCAGCGCAGAAACAAAUGGGAGUAACAAACUGACAGUUGCGGAGGAUAAACAGAAGACAGAAAAUACAAAAGACUCUCUGACCAUCAGUCGGCAUCUCCAGCUUCAGAGACAGGAAGCCACCCUGUUCUCCAAACAGUGGGACAGAUCUGUGUCCAGAGGGAAAUCCCAGAGUCAUGAGAGUACAGACUCUGGCUUCAGCGAGAGCAGCGACCACUACCCAAGUCCCAGCAGUGUCUUACCUGAGCACAGUGUGGAUUCCCUCUCUAAACCUAGCAGGGAGCAUCUUGAAGAAACCCAGAACACACAUUUAUGUUCAGAACAAGGCCACGGUGGACAAGACGAAAAAGACGCAGCAAGGGAGCAGGUACAUAAGAGGCUAGAGGAACGGAUAUCCAAGCUGAUUUCGGACAACUCGGCUGUUGUGGAGGAUAAACACCUUGAAAAUGUCAGGCCAAGAAAAACUGUUUUGUCAAAACAGGGCAGCAUUGACCUUCCCAUGCCAUACACCUACAAGGACUCCUUCCACUUUGACAUGAAGAUUAACCCGGCCCAGAAUACUGGGAUGCAGAGACACACCAAGUCUGGUUUAUUCAACUCUGUGCCGACUCAGUGCUCCUCUACCACAGAGCAUGCCCCCUUAACACGCAGCAGCUCACUCCCUUUCAGCGUUACCCUUCUGCAGCCCGAGAGAAGCAGCCCAACCUCCUCCAGUCAAAGUGAUUAUGCAACAGACAUCCGCAGGGGAAGCUCUGGCCAGAUCAACCCAACAGGUUUAUUGAAGAAGCCUGUGAACCAGCACUCGUCUUCUCACCGCCCACUGGUUCGGCAGACAGCCGUAGACUGCAACCACACAACAGACAGCCUCCACACAACUUCAUCUGUGGAGGAGGCAUGCACCGGCAGUCUCAGCUGCGACGGAGAUGCCAGUGAUAUUAUUGGAGAGCCAAGCAGCAGAAAGUUCCGGAGGAAGAAAGCACAGAAGUUUGCUUACAACAAGUGGUACAUGUAUGGGGGUGGAACAUUUAAAAAGCUCUAUGAUCCUGACAAAAGUGGCGAUUCCACUGCUCUGAAAGGCAGGAAAUGUUUGACAAACCUGGUUCAUGAGACAGCUCAGGGUGUACAGAAAAGGGUCUCCAUGGUUCAAAAAGAAACAGUAACAAGAUCGGGCUCAACAGUAAACUUGUCAACCAGCAAUGCAACAGCAGGCCAUCUCUCUGCCAAUCUCUCCCUUGUCUCUUCUGUGGAUCUAAAUGUAGAAAGACAUCACCUUCAUUCAACAAAUAGUUCCGCUAAGGCUCCACUUACGAGACAUUUGUCUCUGUCACUAUUGCCUUUAUCUGCCACCAGAUCCAUGCCUGUUCACAAAAUGGAGUGUUUCAAUCUAACAGAGGCAGGGAGAUUAGGGAAUGUUCCAAAACAUUCUGACUCCAUGACAGAGCUUUGUGAAGCCCACACUCCAUCUGACAGAAAGAAGCAGAAAACUGGUGAAAAAAUAAUUUCCCCUCUGGAGAUGGAGACUGUGCCAAGCACACUGACUCAGCACCCUGUGCCUGUCACUGCAAGCACACCUCCGCAGGGUACAGAUGUUACUUAUGUCCAAGCUAAAGAAAUCCCAAAUUCUCCGGGGCUCAAAGGAACCCUCUUUUUGCCAUGCUUACUCAAUGCAAAUGUUUCCCAGAUUAGCACUUCGGCAGCUACUUCAGUCUCUGUUGCUGCAAAGAGCAGUUUCCUCCCCAAGUAUCAGUUGAAGUUACCCAAUGCCCUUGAAUCUGGUCCUGCAUCCUUACCACAAGCUCAAAGUAAACCAAAGGGAACAGAUGACUGUAGUGCCACUCUCAGCGACCAAAUCUUAGUGACGUCUUAUGAAAACAUAUGUAAAAACACUUUAGAGUCCAUGCAAACACAAGACCACCUUGCCUUGGCUCGCACAGUUACAAGUAUGUGUCAGGUUAAAACUUCACAACACACCCAUAGUUUGUCUUCUAAUGUAUCUGUUAUGCAAAGGCAGUUUGCAGCAACCACAGUAACCACAAGCUGCUUUCAAGAUUAUUCGAGUGGAUUAUGCAGCGCUUUGUUGCAUUGUUCGAAAACUGCAACCGAUUCUAUGCAUAAACAUUUACCCAGACCUCUUGCAACUGCAGCUCCUAGCAUGUCUUUGCCCACAGGAAAUAGUCAGACAUCUGCUGCCACCAUCACAGGUCUUUCGCAUCAUCUGCCUAACCACGGAUCGAUCCUGGCAAACCCUGCAAACAAAGCAGAUGUUGACUCUAAUACCUCAGCUGUACGUUGUCGCAUUGUGCCGUUGGACCAGCAAGUUCAAAAUGUUUUUCAUGUUCACACAGCAGACCUCCAGAUCUGUCUUCAAAUUAUAUCAGAUGAGCAGAUGGCUCUUAUUGCACCCCAAAUUGAACGUCAGUCUGGUCCUAGUCUGCCACAGUUACGUGAAAUUGAAGCCAUGUCCCCAGAAGGUGCCCUGAGUAAAACUCAAACUUUUGGCUCAAAGAAAAUUACCAAUGUCACAAAAGUAGAAGAACAACCAAAAGAUCCAAAGGAGGGUGUCAGACAGGAGCAUUUAUCUAGACUUAACUCAGAGAGAGCAUCACCCCCACAGUCUGUGCAGCCGGUGAAAGAAAAAAACGAACACAGUGAUGCCUGCAGAACUGCAUCAUCAACAAAAUCUUUCCCUCCUCAACCACCAUCCCGACACUCGCACAAUAAUGGCCAUUUAAUCACAGUCACGCAGACCCGAAAUUCUGUAGGCAGUAUUAUGGCAACCUCUGCUUCAGUCAGAGGUGAAAACUCAGGAAGGAACCACACUUCAGAGGCUAAACAAGUUCUCUUUCCAAACGCUUGUGCCGAGGAGAAAUUUUUAUCCACUAAGAGGAUCAAUCAAACUGGAAUGGCCUCACAAAUGCUUACAAGUCAACAGAAAAUUUGUGAGAGAUUAUUUUCCACCAGUCCAGCAAAUCAGAGCAACAUGAAAAUCGAACCUCUGGACAAAAGCCAACAGAAAGCGAAACAUCCAGGUGGCUUGUGUAACACAAAUGUAUUGAACAGUCAGUGUGGAGCUUUGGCGUGCAAAAUCAGUAAGACAGAGAGUGGAGAGUUCCUCAAACAAGCCAACAGCGACAACGCAGGCAUUGAUGCAUCAGUCUCUCAACUUUCCAACAGUAACAUCAAUGUGGUAAGACAGCUCAACCCACAAGCAUUUGUCUUUCACAGUCAUCAAAUGGAACCUACAAAAUCCACAAAUGAGAGUUCACUCAAGCAUGCAAACUUGCAACUGAGCAGAGUGAAACUUUCUGACAAUUCCUCUUCUUCAAUGGAACAUUGUCCUCAGGAAAUACAGAAUACAAUUAGAAGAGAACAUUCAGAAAAAUCUCCGGGUCAGUUUAACUUACAACCUGCUUCUGUUGACAUGAAAAGACCCGGAGACGUUACAAGCUUCCAGAGCUCCACCACAGGGAUCACGGAGGGAGCACAGAUGGGUCUGGACUCACAGGAGCACAGCGAGACACCUGUGCAGCCAGAGAGCAAGGACUGGAGACCAAAGCAGAACCAGGGGGAGCCAGAGAGAAAACACCAACGCUUGGGAGAGCAGGCAAAUGACGGGCUGACAAAAUUAGACAAAGGACCAGAGUCUUACAGCAGACAUGUGGCUGCAGCAGACAUGAGCAGGCAUAAGCGAGAAGAAACGAACCAUCAUGUGGAUACCUCUAAAAUCUCCUGUCUGUCAGAAGAGCAUUUAGAGUCUCUUUCCCAGAAGAACUCCUGUAUGUCCGAGUGCCCUCCACCCAACCUUCAUCAAGCCCCAAACACCUCACAUAACUCUGGCACUCCUACCAACAGCAUUCAUUCCAGCCUUUUGAGCUCUCCACCACUGGAAAUCAACCAUCUCUAUUUGCCACAGAAGACCUGGGACAGAGGCAUCAUCCUCUACGACCAGCAAAUGCAGGUCUCGCGUGAAUCAGAUCUCAGCCAGGAUGCUGCGAUUCCGAUUUCCACAUCAGAAACACAGAGUGUCUUUUUUUGUGCUGAGCCCAGCCUGCAGUCAUUCUCAUGUCAAGAUCAAACAAAAAGCACUAUCAGUUUUUCAGCUCAGCAAGGCUGUACCGCCGCUGGUAACUACAGCUGUGAUGUUUUCACUGGAGAGAGGAAAACCAACUCUUGCGUCUUACCAGAUUUUAGAACAUUGUCCUCUUCGUACUUAAGCCAAGUUCCCAAAGUCUGCAGAGGUACUGGUGAGAUGACCGGGGACAUCCAAAUGCUACCAGACAAACAGAUUACUGAAUCUCCGUCUCAGCCGUUUUUGUUUCUGGAACCUGAAAAGAAGCAGGAUGCCAUGGACUCACUGAAUGACUUCAUAGGUCAGAGCUCUAACUCUGGGAGGCCUGACAUUACCAGCAAAUACCAAUCCGUUUUCAUGAUUGGGUCCUUUCACGGCUACCAGUCUUCAGACUGUCUGCCCAGUGGAGUAAGGCCUGUUCCAAGCUUUCAAGACAACACAGAAGAUAUCAGCAGCAGUGACGAUGAAGGAAAACUCAUCAUUGAGCUCUAGUAAAACAUGACAGAAACUUAUUUUACAGACUAUUUUUUUGCUGCUGUGUAUAUUUUUAUGAGGCAAACUACUCAGAAGGGAAGAAUAAGAAGAGUGGAUGAUUUAAUUCAGUGGUAGAUGAAACAGGACUGCACAUAUGGAUUUUUUUUAGAUGGCUUUUGUAUAGGUGCAAAUAUGUAUGACUGUUUGUAUGACUGUAAUUUGUAUGACUGUAAAAGUAAUCUUGUGAUAAUACUGCAAAGAGUAAAUUAAGCUGCGAUUCCAAACAUAUUACUUCAUGGUAACUCAGGUGGUUUUGAAUGCCUCCUCACCGUCAUGAAUCUAAUGCAUUCACAUUGUAGAGUUGAGAAUGCAAAUCCCUCCCAUGGAUUUCUGACAGCAACCAACAUAGCUGCAGCACAUGUAAAUGGUAAAUGGCCCAUACGCUUAAUCAAGUCCAGAGGACUCCAAAGCGAGUCACACUGCAUUCAGUCAUUCACCCGUUCACACCCACAUUCACACGCUGAUAUUUUACUACACAUGUAAAACACAUAGGGGUACACUGAAUGUAGUUUACUGGCUGAUUACCGAUCUUUUAAAGCCUGAUCUGCCGAUUCCGAUUUUGGCCGAUACCAACUUUUUUUUUUGUCUGAAAUGAACCUAAAUAUAGCAAAAAAGUCACAGAGUUGGCAACAGUGGGGUGACUAAUGUUAACUUCAAGCUUUCAGACAUGACCUGGUGGGCCGGUCGGUCAGAUAACAUCUCCCACAGGAGAACAGAAGAGGACAAUGUUGAUACUCAGGCAUUUUCUGAGGCAUAAAAGAGGUAGAUAACAUCGUCUUCACAGGUAAGUAUCAGCCAAUCACCGUUCUCCCAAAAUUAAGGGAACUGGCCAGUAAAUUGGUGCAGCCCUAAAAACAAAGCAUCCUAAAACUUGAAAGUACAAGAUACUGAUUAGCAGUUCUGAUAACGGCUGAUUUGGCACAUAUAAGUAUCAGCCACUACUUGUCAACACAUCCCAAAAAAUAGGAAAUAUAUUAUGAGCUUGUAUUGCUAAAAGUAGCAAACCGAGCCAAACCAAUCAAUCUAAUCUAAAGACUUUAAGUUUAUGGCCUUGUGAAAUGCUGACCUAUUCAGAAUGAAACCUGCCUCUCACUUCUGCUGCCGGGGCAGGCUAAGCAUCACAUUUUGAAAUUUAAAACCACAGGAUCUGAUUUGAACUAAUCGCUAAUGUUUGGCCGUAAUGUAUGUAAUGCGCCCGGCUCGACGGAGCUUGCCAGAAAUUACGUGCACUGUACACAACCCCAUGAGGAGUAAGGUCUCCACAUCUUUGCCAGUAAUAAAAUGUCUUAAACGUU